AUGAGGAGAGCCAUAGAUAGGAGACUUAGUAUGAUGAGCAACCAAGAAGCCACAUUGAAGGGCUGGAUGAAAGACAACAGCUCAUUUGGUGGCACAGGAACCAAUGCUGCAAAUGUAGUUUCUGCCAUGAGCUGGUUCAAGCAGAGACCAGUGACGCAUCUGUUUGGGAACCAGUUGCCAAGUACCAUAUCUGCUCUUCCUGCCAUGAUCUGCAAAAGGUGCGGCAGCAUGGAUAUGUGCAGGGAUAACAUUUGUCACUGUCAAGAUGUGAGUAGUCCAACUGUGAAUCCUACUCCGGAAUCCAUCAGACCUGCCUUAUUGAUGAAUGCUUGUGACUUUAAUGACUCUGUAUUUAAAAACUGGGAUCUGGGAAACCAGAGUGAUCCACACUUGUUGCAGCUGAUUAAAAGCACUGUGCUUUUGAAGUAUGAAGAUCCUGAGCAAAGCAAAAAUUCUGAUGUUGUGGGAAUGUUUGAUCUUUUGGAUAAUUACUUUGAUCCCUCUGAUGGGUCAUUUAUGAAGAGGUACAUCAUUCCAAGAUUUUUUGCUCAAUAUACAAAGCCUGGAGUGUUUGUAGAAGCAGGAUCAUCUAAUGGGAAACACCUUUCAACCAGCUUUUACCUGGAGAAAAGGCUGGGCUGGACUGGUGUGUUGGUGGAACCCAGUCCAGAAUGGGACCCACUGAGUUCUGCCAGGCGCCUCAAAAGAGGAAACUCAUUGAAUGCUGGGAUUUGCCUGGCCCCACAGCCCACACCUUGCAGGGCAACUCUGUCAGUAGACACAGAUUCAUUAGGUGGUGGUAGAGGGACCAUUUUACCAUAUCACAUAGAUGAGGAGGCUCUAGGGAGAUACCAAACACAAGUGGACUGUUUUCCUCUGUUUGCUGUUUUGGCUGCUGCAGGAAUGACACAAGUGGACUUUUUAUCCUUGGAUCUGGAAGGUGUGGAGGCUUGGGUCCACAAGAUAUUUAAAUGCAUCACAAGUAUAAACACAAAACAGCAGCUUUUCUUCCAACACCUGCUGAGCAUGCUGAUGACUGAAAAGAAGAAGUCAGCUGAGGACAUAUUUCGCCAAAUGGCAUGGAGAAAAAAAAUUCGCCCCAAAGUGGAUCAGUGUGGACAUUGGAAAGGUUGA